UCUACUGGAAUUUAUUUUGGAUAUAGCAGAGCACUGAAGAAAUUUAUGGUGAAGAUAAAAAGUAGCACACGACAAUAUACUGCUUAUUUUAGGGAAGACGACAUACCAUCAAAACAACGUUAUCUUAUACACCUAGCAGUAACUUGUUCAUUAACAGAAGAUACAGGCAUUCUUGGAUCAAUCACGAAUGGUUUAGGAAAUAUACAUGGCUUGACAGGAAGUCAUCUAGCAGACAGAAAGUUACAUCAUACAGGUUUAAAGAUUUAUAUUGAAGGUAAACUGUUCCUACAUGAGAGAAACUUUACUACCGAGAUAUUAACAAAUACACACACGAACGUUACCAUCGGUUGUAUUAACAAAGGGUAAGGAAUUACACCCACUCACCCUCUGUUUCAUUUAAUAUACUUGAUGAUUUUUAAAAAAACAAAAUUCAAAUAUUAUUUUGAUAUCAUGUUUUAUCAUUUUAAACUUCUUUGGAUAUUCACAGGGAGACAUGGUACCAUUUGCUGAAGAUGGACGAAUUGGGUGUUUGGAAUAGAGUGCUUUCUCCCUCAGAAGUAUUUAAUAUAGCGAUACCUAAUGAUAAAAUAGAUUAUCAACAACCGAUCAAUCAGUUGGAUAGCGAGUUAAUCAACACUAAAAACAAUCUGGAUACUGCUAAAUCAGUGGUGGAAUCACUAAAUGGAAUAUUCAAAACUAAAAUACUGAAUGAUGAGGAUGUGAGGGAAGUUGUCAGUCUUUGGUCUCGUCUAGCAGCUGCCCAGUAUACACCUCGGAUAGAGCGAAUGUCAGUAAUCGUUAAUACAACACCUAGUCCAGUUGAUGAAGACAACCUUGUACAGAGAGUUGGGGACACCGUAGAUAAGUUCCUUGGGGUAUCAAACCGUGAAGCCGUAGCAAAUCUAUCCAUUCAGGAACCCGAAGCUUUGCCCAACUUUGUUCAAGCAUUAGACAGUUUUCUUGGUAAAAUCUCUCGAUUUUCCUUGUCACCAGAUGCAAAUGGUACACUGACUACUACGCAGAUUCGCAAUACAAUUGAGAUCCGUGUAAAGGUUGAUACUAAUGCUGAAGAAGAAUAUACAUAUGAUGAUGGAAUCUCGGCGUUUCUAGAUACUCCACUGAAAAAUGCAUCAGGAGCAUUACUUGUCAAUGUUUUAUAUAAAGGUGUUGGUAGUCUAUUUCCCACAACACACAAUAUAACAUUACAAUAUAAUGCUACUCACAACAACAAUACAAGGAACAAUACCUAUUUAAAACUGGGAGACGAUAUAUUAGGAAUGUCUGUAUAUGAUAAUGAAUCUUAUCCUCCUGCUUCAAUAAUAUAUAGAUUUAAACUACCUCAAGUACCUGGAGCAGAAGUUUACCCUCACUGUGUUUUCCUGAAGUUUAAUAACAGCUCUAAAAGCGAGCAGUACAGCCCUGUUUGGUCUGAUGUUGGGUGUGUUUUACUUCAAGUUGCUACCAAUUCUGUUACUUGCUCUUGUGGACAUCUUACAAACUUUGCUGUUCUCAUGCAAGUUGUUCCUUUUGAGAUAAGUGAAUCUGAUUUGCAAGCUCUAGAAGUCAUUACAUACAUAGGAUGUUCUUUAUCUAUCGUUGGUGCCACCUUAACCAUUUUAACAUUCAUAUUACUCAGGAUCUAUACAGAUAGAGUGAUGAUCCAUUUAAAUCUGGCAAUAGCUAUUAUCGCUGCUCAGAUUAUAUUUUUAAUAGAAGAAUCGAUUCCACGAGCUACGUCAGCUUGUACGGCCGUAACAGUUUUAUUGUAUUAUUUUAAUAUGGCUAUAUUUUGUUGGAUGCUGGUUGAAGGGACACAACUCUUCCUACAAAUUGUGAUCGUGUUUUCGUCGGAUAGCAAAAUGAAAAUUUUCUAUGGCAUUGGAUGGGGUGUUCCAUUUGUAUUGUCAUGCAUUUCAAUAGCUGUUCUUAAUUCUUCAAUCGGACAAAAUGGAGUGUGCUGGCUGUCGGCUUCUGAUAAUUCUAUUUGGGCCUUUGCUGUUCCUGCUAUUUUUGUCAUUUCGACGAAUCUUAUUAUUCUGACAGCUGUGAUGAAGGUUGUGAUAAAUCUUAGUAAGACAAUGGAAAAGUCGAAGACUGCAAGUAUCAAGAAUGCCGUGAAAGCGUCUGUGUUUUUGUUACCAUUGCUGGGAACGACUUGGUUGUUUGGUGUAAUGGCGAUCUCUGGUUCCACUGUGGUAUUUCAGUAUAUAUUUGCUCUUACUAAUUCUCUACAGGGUUUCAUGCUUUUCAUCUGCCACUGUGUCUGUAAUAGCGAGGUGCGAGAAUGUUUCAUGAGAAGAAAAUCAACGUGGGAUCUGGGACGGCAGAUUAGAAUUGAGCCCAUUUCGUAUGUUCCUAAAAUGGCCGAGUCGUUUAGAACGGUCCCCGAUCCAGAUCCAGAUGCUAUGUCACGUGCUGGUACGGAAUCACCGUCUACUGACAGUUCGGCGAUGGGUUCUCUCCCUGGAAGCGCUAAAUCUGGUUUCCGCAGACGUUAGAAGCGUUGAUAUAAUAGUUAAAGUGUCUUCAUGGCAAUAUUACUCGCCAAAACAUAAAUCUUAUAAAUUCGAUGUUAAAUACAAAAGUACAACACAAAUUUUUAGCGUCGGGUGUUCUAGAAGGAGUAAGCAUAGCCUGCAUUUUAUACGAUGCACAAAGCUAGCCAGUAAGACAGUUUCUACUUCGAUUUAAUAAGUGCUGGCGGUGCCUUGAUUAUCAUUGUGU